UGAAAUGGGAAAUGCGCUAUUAUCAAGCACGAUUAUUAACAUAAAUAAUUGAGUUCCAUUUUUUUUUUUGCACUGUGAACAUAACUAUAAAAGUAUAAACGAUUGCUGUUUAGUUUUGCAAUUCUAAUGUUCACACUUUAUCAAUCAUUUAGUAGAGUCUAUAAGUAAAGGGUCUUGCAAGGAAAUUAGUUAUUCCCCUUUAAUAUGCUUGACAGUGGGCAAGACAUGGAUUAUCAGUUUUAUAAUUUUCAACUUCUAAUGUGAGGUGUGAGUUACAUUCAUGAACUAGUUGCUACAAGAGCUACCUUGACUUGGAUAAAAUAUGGAGCUGAAACCAUCUAUUCCAAUUUUGUUAGUUAUAUGUGUCUCAGGGAUUGUAACUUCUGUUAACGGAUCUUCAUGUAGAUAUGAAGUGGAAGUGGGACAACCACAUUGCUCAGCAGUGGGCUAUGCUUAUUGUCAAAACUCGGCAUGUUCAGGCAGUCGGCCAUACAAACCACCAAAAACAAGUUUUCAAAGUAGAGAAGGAGUUAACAUUGCCACUAAGUGUGCUCCUCCCGUCAACUGCAACGUCAACUCCAGGUAUCGGACAAUAGAUGGCUCGUGCAACAAUAAGGAGCAGAGAGCAGCUUUCGGUCAGGCCAAUACCGCAUUAAUAAGGCUCUUACCAGCUGAUUAUAAUGAUGGUGAAAGAGAGCCUCGCAAAAUGAGCGAUGGACGACCACUCCCCUCUGCACGAUUGCUGAGAACUCUUUUGUUUCCAGUUGACAACUGUCCAUCGCAUAUCAACACAGAAAUACUAGUAUUUUGGGGACAAGCAAUUGCGCAUGACACAUCACAUAUUGAUUUCAUAGGUCCUAUUGAUGCUCUGCAAGACGCCAAUUGCUGUUUGGAUGGAAAAGGCCAGGGACUGAAUGGUGCUACCGUGGGGAAAUCACCACCAAAAAUGCCACCUUUCUGCCUGAACAUAGAUGUGCCUCACAAUGACGCAUUCUAUUCACAAUACAAUGUCACCUGCAUCGGAAUGCUCGCUGCUAGAACCACCAACACAUUGGGAUGUCCUAUCAAGCCAUUGCAACCGGUUUCAUCAGUGACACACUUUUUAGACUGUUCGUUCAUUUAUGGCUCUGAUAAUGAUUUGGCCAAACAGCUGCGAUCCUUCACAGGAGGCAAACUGAAAACUACGACAGCGGCCGACCAAUCCUUUCCACCGAAACUUGAUGAUGGCAGAGAUUCAUGUAACGUACCUUCUGCUUCAGAUAUUUGCUAUUUGGCAGGAGACAACAGAGUUAAUCAGAACCCAGGCAUUGCAAUAUUGACAAUACUUUUCCUCAGAGAGCACAACAGACUAUGUGAGAGCUUAGCAAAGAUCAAUCCAUAUUGGGAUGACGAGACUUUGUACCAAGAAGCUAGGCGAAUACUUAUAGCCGAGUUCCAUCAUAUUACUUAUACAGACUUCAUUUCAGCGCUCUUAGGUGCAGAAUAUGUGAAAGACGUAGGAUUAUAUCCCAAACAUGGAUUCCAAGAAACGUAUGACCCAACUGUCAAUCCUAACACUUAUGUUGAAAUGUCUGGAGGCGCCUACAGAGCGCUUCACGCAAUGAUAAGGAAUGACAUUCUAUCUUCAUCACAAGAAGGAUGCCCAUUUAGGAAAAUCAAGCUGGCCAAUGCUUUCAACAAUCCACAAUUUUUACAAGGAAAACAGUUUUCGAAUUAUGUGUAUGGAUUAGAAUUCCUAUCUGCAAAAGAAAUGGACAUGCGAUACCCAAAAUCUAUGGCGGAUGAAUUUGAAAGGUCGAAUGGCACAGAAUAUGGAACCGAUGUAACUUCGAUUGACAUCCAACGUGGAAGACAACUGGGCAUUCCGCCUUACGUCAAGAUGCGUGAAGCUUGUGGAUUUCCUAAAAUAAAUAGCUUUUAUGAUUUGAUAGGUAUUAUGAAACCUGAGGACAUUGAGAAACUGAAAACUGUUUAUACGGACGCGAAAGACAUUGAUUACAUUGUUGGUGGUAAUCUAGAAAUAAGAAUGCCAGGAAGUCUAGUUGGUCCGACGUUCCAGUGCGUCAUGUUCACACAGUUCUUCAACUGGAGAUGGGGUGAUCGAUAUUUUUACAAUCUGAAGAAUCAGGACGGUUCCUUUGAAAAGGAUCAACUAUAUCAAAUUCAAAAAGCUUCAUUGGCAAGACUCAUUUGUGAUAAUAUCAAAGGGACAUACAGAGUUUUAAGAGAUCCUUUCUACAGGUUUUCAAAAAGAAACCCUCUUAUAAAUUGCAGAGAUGUACCAAAAGUUGAUUUGAACUACUGGAGAGCCAGAUAUUAUUAACUUCCACUGAUUGGAUGACUGCCAAGGAAAAAAAAUUAAUUUAAUUUUCGACAUAAUUUGAAAAUAAUGACUAAUAAUUUUUAUGUUAUUGAUGAAAUAAAUUAUAGCAUAGGAAUUAUUACUUUGUAAGGAAGUGCAUGCCAAUAUUUACUGUGGGCUUUUAUACUGUAUGGCUGUAUAUCAAACUAAUUUUGACAAUUUUGUUUUACUCUAUUAAAUACUGAUCAUCUCAA